CCACGUUAUCUUGCAGUGUAAUGAGAACAUGUAGCAGUUAUUUUGCUCACGCGUCUACGAGAAAGAUAAGUUUGUUUUAUCAACGGUUCCUCAUAAACUUCCAUUGACUGCGACACUAUCUCGUGAUUUGUCUGAUAUCACCGACAGUAUUUGUUUUGCCCCGCUUCGGAACGCACUCGCAUUUUUUCUGCCGUUUCGCUCGCCUUGUUCCGCGUACUAAUUUGUGGAAAUAAACAAAUUAUUUUUAAACGCGACGGAAGGCGGUCGAUCCGUGCGAAAUGUUCCCUCCGACGCGUAUUCGGAGCUGCCUUCCAGUAAUAAAUCCGCUGUUCAAGCAGCGGUUACGUCCCCAUCGGCCGUUCCGUCAGACUUCUACUAUUCAUCAACACCAGUCGCAGACAAAGACUGCAACGCAGAUUCAAAAGACGAAAUGGAUGAAUUUGCGCGCGAUAAUUACCCGUUGGGUGCCUUUAGGCAGUGUGAUGUACGUGGGUUGGUGUUAUAUCCGUGCUAGUAUUAAUUAUGAAGUGUCGAAAGUGGAGAUCCGUUUUUACGAGAUGUUCCCCUUUAGAGUCACAAGCCGUCUAUGGGGCCGUCUGGCGGCGUGCGAGCUGCCGAUUUCGCUCCGAAAUCUGGUCUACGGUACGUACGCUAGGAUGUUCAACGUGAAUUUGAACGAGGCAGCCGUCCCUGACUUGACAUACUACAAAUCUCUCUCUGCCUUCUUCACGAGACCACUAAGAGACGGAGUGAGGUACAUAGCACCUGCUCCGUGCGUGUCUCCUUGCGAUGGAGUCGUCCUGAACUGUGGUCCAGCCGAUACUGACAAGAUAGAGCAAGUUAAAGGUGUUACAUACAGCUUAGAAGAGUUUUUAGGCGACAAUAAAUGGUCCAAAAACAAAGGGACGAGCUACUACGACUCUUUACUCACAAACAAAGAAAAUAUACUUCACCAAUGCAUCAUUUACCUUGCACCUGGCGAUUACCAUAGAUUCCACUCACCAUGUGACUGGACGUCUACGUUCAGACGUCACUUCGCUGGUAAAUUAUUAUCCGUAAACCCUUGGAUGGCAAAGCUCAUACCAGGCCUGUUUACGAUGAACGAACGAGCUGUAUACGUAGGAGAAUGGAAGCACGGCUUCUUCAGCAUGACUGCAGUUGGAGCUACGAAUGUAGGCUCAAUCGAGAUUUACAGCGAUCCUCAGUUGCAAACAAAUACAAAAGGAAAACGGAACCGAGUUGAUGAAAUCGAGCUUGGUCAAGUGAAUUUGAAGAAAGGAGAGUUAUUCGGUCAAUUUAACAUGGGUAGUACAAUCAUACUACUUUUUGAGGCUCCAAGAGACUUUAAGUUUGAGUUCGCUACUGGUGAUAGAGUGUUGAUGGGGCAGGCGUUGACCGCUGCCGCUAAGGAACAUUCGAGAUGACAAGUUUACAGUGAUGUGGUACAAAUCGUGCAGUUUAUGCUCAUAUUCUUCAUGGUCUCGCAGCUACUGUGAGUUAGAAGCUUUUAUACGCUUUAGAUUUUAUGAAAGGUGACACCGUAUUUUAUUUAUUUUUGUAUGACAAAAGUAAAGUACCUAAUAAAUGUGUUUCAAAUUUUA